ACUAUAUUCUCCACUCUACCUACCUACCCUUGAUUAUUCCAUGCAGGUCUUUCGUUGUUUACUAUAUUUACGCACUAUCUCGAUGUCUGUUGAACACAUUGGUUCGAUACUACCUAUAUUAUUGCGUUUUGUUUUUUUCGCGAAUUGUGUGUUCAGUGUUAAACGGUACGUCUUUUAUAACAUAAACGAAUAGAUGUUACUAAAUAUCGUGUUACACGUAAUAUUUACAAACUUAAAAUCCAGUUUUUUAAAUUUUAAUUAAGCUCGAAAGUCGCGUUCAUAGAUCAGAAUGCAUAGUUUUGGUUUACAGUCAGCUUUGGCGAUUCGUCGUCAACGUAAGAGACGAGCUGAACUUAAACGUCAUAUGGAAAGACGUCGCUCAAGUUCUCAAUCGAUCGAAAGUGGUAUUCAUGGUUCUAAAUCUACUGUGACAAGCCCAACAGAAUACCAUGGAUCAGUGGGUAGUUUAUCACAAAGGCCAAGGAGGAGAAAGAGACAACCUAAAAUGCUCGAUACUAAGGUUGCUUCUACCAUUGGCAUGUUUCAUGUUGGUGUGGUGUUUCUAGUUUUGGGCCUUUUUUUAAUUGGGUCUGGCAUUAUACCUGAUGAUUAUGUUUCGUGGGGUUCAAAAAAUUGGGUUAAUGAACUGGUAAUAACUGGUAUAACUUCAAGUAUAAUUGGCCUCUUUUUGAUUGUGUUGAAUCAUUUCAUUACUCGCAAAGCAGAAUCAGAUUUAGCUGCAUACGUGGAACGUCAAUUGACCAGAACAAGAUCAGGUAAAAGACUGGUAUCAGAUGCAGAAACUGGUGCUUUGCAUACAAAACAACAGCAAAAAGUACGACAACAGAGUCAAAGUCAACAGCAAAAUUCUCCUGGUUCAGAUCUUGAUCAAAUAGCUGAAGAAGAAGCAUGUAGUUCGGAGUAUAGACCUGUUGAUCAAUAUAAUAAUCCUGAAAUUGAGAGGCAGAAUCUAGGCAGAACAUAUAAUGCGUAUAAUAGGGAAUUAUUGGUAACACGGUGUUAUGACACAACUGAAACAUAGUAAGUUAUAGCAAAUUAAUUAAAUAAGUUUAAAAAAAAAAAAAUGCUGUUAUUAAAAUAUAUUACUUUUAAGAAAUGUAA